AUGCUCUCCGCGCUGGGGCCUCAUGUCCGGACAAUCCUUACUCCCAAUUCAGUGCUGUUAGUUCUUUGCCUUGACCAUUUGCCAGCAGCUUCGGCCAAGGACGACGAGGAGCCUAGAUGCAAGCCAAUGCUAAGAGAGAUACUUAUUACUUCAUGUUUACUGAGGAACCGGGUGUCAGCUCAACAGGCAAGAGAGAGGAAGAAGGCUUAUUUGACUGAUCUGGAGGUGAAGGUGAAGGACCUGGAGAAGAAGAACUCGGAGAUGGAAGAGAGGCUCUCCACUCUCCAGAAUGAGAACCAGAUGCUCCGACAGAUACUGAAGAACACCACUGUAAGCAGAAGAGGUUCAGGAAGCACUGCUAAUGGAGAGGGCCAAUAG